AUGUCCAAACUAGCAAACCGCGCCGACUGGGCCGACGACGAGGAGUUCGAUGACCCCUCCGCGCUCCCCGCGCAACAAGUCACAACCAAUAAAGAUGGCACCAAGACCGUUGUGUCGUACCGCUUCAACGAUGAGGGCAAGAAGGUGAAGGUCACCCGCCGGAUCAAGACCACCGUCGUGAGGGAACAUGUCAACCCCCAGGUUGCGGAGCGGAGGUCCUGGGCCAAGUUCGGUCUCGAGAAGGGCCACGCUCCCGGACCAUCCUUCGAUACCACCUCCGUCGGUGAGAACAUCGUUUUCAGACCCAGCAUCAACUGGAAGGCACAGGCCGCGGAGGCGGAGAAGAACGGCGGCGAGAAGGGCAGCAUGAAGGAUCAGCUCAAGGACAAGAAGGUCAAGUGUCGUAUUUGCAGCGGAGAGCACUUUACUGCCCGUUGUCCGUUCAAGGAUACCAUGGCGCCUGUCGACGAGUCCGCCGGUGGCGCUGGUGCCGCCGGUGAAGCCGAUGAAGCAGCCGGUGCUGUCGGCACCGGAUCUGGCAGCUACGUGCCUCCUCAUCUCCGGAAAGGUGCUGCUGGCGGCGGCGAGAGAAUGGGUGGCAAGUUCGAGAAGGACGAUCUGGCGACUCUGAGAGUUACAAACGUAUCCGAGCUGGCGGAAGAAGGAGAACUCCGCGAUCUGUUCGAGCGCUUCGGCCGCGUCACCAGAGUCUUCCUUGCCAGAGACAGAGAGACCCAACGAGCCAAGGGCUUCGCUUUCAUCAGUUUCGCAGAUCGCAGCGACGCUGCACGCGCCUGCGAGAAGAUGGAUGGCUUCGGUUACCGCCAUCUUAUCCUCCGCGUCGAGUUCGCGAAGAGAACCACAUAA